AUGUUUGAUUCGGAAAUGAACAUCGUGCAAAGCGACGUCGACGUCACGGAAGACGAAGAGAAAGACGAAUUGGACGAUGAUGUUGAUCUAUCAAGCAGACAUUCCAUUAUACACAUGGAUUAUCGAUUACAGUGGAUACGAGAUAGGGUGAUGAAGUUCUUGGGGAUAGCUGGCCACGAGCUUCUCUUCUACAAGCUCCUCAACGCGAACAAUCGAUACUACGAGGACAAGCUUCUAAAUUUCUUAAUACUCGAUCUUUACGGCGUGACAGACCUCGAGAGAAAGGUAAUAUUCUUUUACAAGACUUACCAUACAGAAGUCGUCCAAGAAGAAGUCACAGUCUGGGAAAAUUUUUCCCAGCAACCUUUACUUGCAACAGGGAAAAAUAAGAAAGACAGCAAGAAAGUUCUCAAGCCGAAACCGUCCAAGAAAAAAGUGAAGAAAAGCAAAUCGAAAUUACCAAAAUCGGAUACCAGCGAAGUUUUCACUCUACUGGAACAAUCUACCAUGACUUUGCAAUCGUAUCAACCUUCCAGAAUCAGCACGAUCAGCGACGAUGAAACGGAAGAGGAGGAGGAAGAGGGUGCUGGGGAGGAAGAGGAAGAAGAAACUGAAGAGGAAUUUCUGGAAAGGGGUAGCGGCGAUACUUUGAUUCUGUCGCAAAGAACCAACCAGAGUGUUCCUCUUACCCCGAAUACCUCAAGCACUACACCGCCACCUAAAAGUGAGCAGAAAUACAUGGCGAAAAAAAAAAUGAUCGAGAGAGUGAGGUAUACACCUGUCAUCCAUAUAAUAUGCGGCGAGGUGGACGGAGGAAGGGCUGAUCUGCAGGACGUCACCUUGUUCUAUUUCCUGAGGACCACCGACGAAGGCGUGCCGUCGUUCGACUCUGAGAAAGAAUGUUUGGAGGAGAUCACCCGUUAUCUAGUCGUUGGAUCCCUUCACGGAAAGUUUUUAGUCAGUCUGAAGCGAAUGUUCACUCAGGUGUUCAAACCACUGGUGCAAAACCAGUUCCGAGGUCCACAAUUCGUGGACGUUUCUCAAGUUCCAGAAGAAUCCGACGACGACGAAUUAUUGAAUUCCACGCAGAUCAUGCAGUCUCGAAGUUCAGUGUUCCGAAGACCCUCGGAGUUUCGCAGAGUGUCCCUAGCGGUAAAGAAAAUGCAACAUGAAACUGAGGAGAACGAUGACGAUAAAUCGGCACGUGUAUAUCAUCAAGGUGCAAAGGAACCAGGGAGUCUUAGGGCGGAAAAUUUUAAAAAACGAGAGGAAAAGUACGCGAAGAAUUUGUCCGCCGUCAGUUUCAACGAGAUGGCAGAGGACGAGACUGAGGAGGAUCCGGUUAGGAUCCGAAUGCACGAUCAAAGCAAAAAAGAUAUCCUGACGUAUUUGAAUAAUUUGAUAACCGGUGUCGAAUGGACUCUGGAACACAUCGAGGGCGACAUUCUGCUGACGAUGCCGAACAUCCCGGAACUGGAGGAUUCACAAGUCACAGAGGAGAUGUUAGAGACCAACACGGAAGUGAUCAAGCAGCUCGAAGACGUGAUAAUGUCCUGGGGAGUGCACAUACAGAAAGUAUUGGAAUCGUUUCAAACGAAAGUGGUCCAAGGGAAAGGGCCGCUAGCUGAGUACAGUUACUGGCAGGACCGAGACACAGGAUUAUUGAUGCUGGUCGAACAGCUGAAGACACCCAUGGCACGAAGAAUAUUGGGACUGUUGAACAAAGUGCUUUCACCGAUCGCCUCGAAUUUCGAGUACUUUUACGCGGAUCUGUGGAAAUAUUACAUGGAGGCCAGGGACAAUGUUCGAUUCCUUCAGACUCUGCACAGAUACUUCAAAUUGAUCGCAGAAUCGGACGAUUUCAAGUCCGCCAUGCAAUCAAUUCAAUCACUGACGGAAGGAUUGAGAAUGAUUUGGGUCCUCUCACCCUAUUACUCUUCCGAAGAGAAAAUGAUGGGUCUAAUGGAGAGAAUAUCUUGGCAACUCUGUCAGACGGUUAUCAACAAUCUGAGCGUCAAAGAUCUGUUCAAGAAACCACUCGAGGAGAUUUUACAGAAGACAGAGAACGCCCACGUGAUGCUGAGGAGGUGGAAAAUCUCGUACUUGAACGUCAGGGAAGAGAUCGAGCUCUCGGGCAAAGGGUCACGCUGGGAGUUCGAUCAGAAGAAGCUGUUCAAGGGAACCGAGUACAUAGCGUUCGUCUGCAAGGAUCUGAACCAAGUCGCAAGUGUUCUUCAGGAUUUCUACAACAUCUUCGGCCCGUAUCUGAAGUCCAUCAUCAGCGAUCCGGCCCAGAUCGACACUAUAAUAAAGCGAGUCAGUCGACUGAUUCUGCCGAUCCAGGACGCGGACUUUAACGUCUACGACGAGUUCAACAAAGAGAACUGGGAGGCCACCAUAUCCCUGUUCUACGAAGAGGUUCGUUUUCUGGAGAACGAGGCCCGAUUCUUCAUCGACGAGUGCUUCAUGGUCCUGAUAAGCGCGGAACAAGCGUUGGAGGUGUUGCUAAUGUUCAAGAAUAUGAAGACCAGAGCGAGCAUCCAAGAACAACUAUCGAGGAAGUUCGACGUCAUUGUGCAACAGUUCAAUAAAGAAGUCAGCGCUGUAGAGGGCAUAUAUAACAGAGGAAAACGAAAUCCACCUUUGUUAACCUACCAUCCGCCAAUGGCUGGCGCUAUAUUCUGGGUCAGACAGCUGUUCCAUCGUCUGAGAAGACCGGUCCUGACCCUGCAGAAGGUCCCAGAACUGAAGCACAGUCAAUUGAAGCUCGUCGCGUUCAGCCAGUACCUCGAAGUUGGCAAACAGAUGAAGGCUUUCGAGGAAUCGAAGUUCCACACGUGGGUGGAUAACGCUCAGGUGGUCGUCUUGAACACCAUGAAGAAAAGCAUUCUGAGGAUCGUUCAGUCUGAACCGGACAAAGGUGUAUUAACGUUCCCGGAUAGUGAAAAGCGAAUGAAGAACGUUCAGACGAUUCACGUGUCGCGAAAGGCGAAGACCAGGGACUUUGGAUCUCCUGGAUCAACGCCUCUGGGAUCUGUUCACAAGGGCGAACAUUUGUUAUCGAAACCUAGCAUUUCAUCUAAAGGGGAGCACACCUCACGUGCUGCCAGUUCGGCAAUGGCUGGCUCAAAGGGACAGCUUCGAGAGAUGAAGCAAGAACAAAAGGGGAUAGCAUCGGCUUAUAAAGAAAAAGUAUCAAUGGCAUCAGUCUCGAUGGACAAAGGAACGUCUCAAGCAAUAAAGAUGACCUGGACGGAAUUUAUGAGCGGCUCGCUUCUGAUCGAAUGCCAGCUUCGUUUCCAAGUGAACUUCAAUUGGGAAGUUUUCGAGAUUAUUCACGAGGCUGAAUUAAUGGAACAGCUGGGCUUCGAAUUGUCACCGGCGAUAAAAGAAGUUAGCAUUCAGAAGGAUCGAUUGAGAAAGGAUCUCGAUGCCCUUCAAAGAGUCAUAGAUCAAUACAACACGAUGAUAGACAAGAUGGAGAAGGCUGACAUACAAUUAUUGAAAACCAUUCUUCUGGACAUCGAGAAGCACAUUCAACCAGGAGUGAUGCGCAUCAACUGGGACUCCUUGAAUAUAUUGGAUUUAGCCCAUAAUUGCGAGAAACUGUUGAAGAAUCUGAGCUCCAUAAUGGACCAAGUGAACCAUAUGAAAAACGAUCUCGACAAGAGAAUCACUGCCGAUAUACAGAGAUACAAUCUGUUCUGUUUACCGUCUGAGAAGUUCGAGAGCGAUGUGAUACUACCUUGCAAGGUUUACUUCCAAGAGAUACACAGUCGAAGAAAAGAAGUGGUCACCUGGAUGAGGAAGCUCUACGAGUCGACCAGCCCGCUGUUGAUGAAACUCGAAAGCUUGGUGCUGGGAACGGCCACUGGGAAGAGCUCGGCCAUGCAACUCUUCUACGAGAAAUACGAGAAGAUAUUGUUCUCUGCAUUCAUAAGGUCUGUGGUGCAGAACAUCGAAGUGUUCAACAACACGCUGACAGGUUCCAAGCCGAUCUUCCAAGUGGAAGCAGUGUUGAUCGCGUCCGAAGCGGUUCUAAGACCCUCGCCUAGUGAAAUGUACAACAUUAUCCUUCAAAACGUGAAAGGUAUGGUGGAGGAGCUGAAGGGUUUCCCGAGGUGGAUGAACGGGACCUGCCUGGAGUGCAAGCCUCAGAAAAGAAUGGACUCGGGCGAUUACGUGACGUUCAGUUUCUUCGAGGAUGUCAUGAGCAUUCAAGUGGUCAACGACAGUAUACUGGCAAUCCAAACGACAGCGCAGAAAUUGUUGGCCGAUUGCUGGCAUUAUCUGCUCAGAUGGAAGAAGUACAGCAAUCUCUGGACGUUCGACAAGACCUUGGCCGCCGAGAAGUUCGACGCCACGUCACCGACACUUUUCCAGUACGACGAGAAGUUCACGUUCUACGAGAAUAUUCUCGAGGAGCUGAAUGAGAUUGACUCUCACUACGAUUUGAACUGCAUACGCAUCAAUCUUCGAUCUCUGCUCUCUGGUAUCGAGAAACACGCGAAAGAAUGGAAACAAGUGCUGGGAAACUUCUUGCUGGCCCAAACCGUCGAGGGUAUGAACGAGUUGCGUCUGAUCAUCGAGAACUUCCGUACCGAGGUCGAGCUGGUGAUCACUGGUCUAGAUCGCUUCACGUCUGUCAUGCAGGCGAUCUCUGACAUUAAGAAGACCGCUGUCCAGGCUGAAGUUCGAUUCAAGACUUAUCAGGAAACGUUCAAAACCUGUCGCCAUCACGGUAUCUCCUUCCCCGAGGAAGAAGAACAAAUGGCAUAUGAUCUUCAACGUGAUUGGGAAUCUCUUUAUUUGGGUGCAUUGUACAGAGCCUCAACUCUUGAAAGCACUUCCGAUAGGUUCUCGGACAUGACCAAAGAACAGAUAGACAAUUUCGUGGACGAGCUCAAGCAAUUCGCUACAGACUUCGAGGAGAAUGGUCCUGGUAGCGUUGGGGAACAACUUGAGCAUGGACUGAAGAAAAUGGACGAAUAUGGCAAGAAGAUCACCAAGCUCGAGGACAGAAGACAGGGCAUGAUCAACUCGGAGCUGCUGUUCGAUCUUCCAGCGACCAAUUACUCGGUGUUCCUGAAUGUAAAGAAGGACUACGAGGGCAUGGAAGGACUUUACGAUAUGUACAAAGAGCAGAAAAAAGCCAGAGACCAGUGGGCCCAGACGCUCUGGGUGAAUCUGAAUCCUCAGCAACUGAUCGACGGCAUGGAUCAUUUCAUCAGGCAAUUCCGAAAGUUGCCCGAAUACGUGCGGAAGUUCAACAUAGGCCAGACUCUGGAUGCGGAUAUGAAGAGCUUCAAGAACUCAGUGCCAUUAUUCAUCGAGCUGAAAAACGAGGCUAUGCGCGAGAGACACUGGAAGGAACUGAUGAGAAAGACUGGACAGUAUUUCGAUAUGAACCCCGACAGGUUCACUCUGGACAACAUGUUCGCGAUGGAGCUGGGAAAGUACCAAGACAUCGCCAAAGAGAUUGUAAUGAACGCCGUGAAAGAGCUCUCCAUAGAGAAAGGUCUGAAAGAUUUGAACGAGGUCUGGAAGACCAUGCAGUUCACUGUCGUGAAACACUAUAAAGGCACCGAGGACCGUGGAUUCAUUCUCGGCCCAAUUGACGAGCUGAACCAGGUUCUAGAAGACAAUAUGAUGAACGUAAAUGGCAUGGCUGCCUCGCAGUUCAUCGGUCCCUUCCUCAGCACCGUACAGAAAUGGGAGAACAUCAUGCACACCAUAUCCGAGGUUCUAGAGCUUUGGGUUCAGCUUCAGAAGAAAUGGUUGUACCUUGAGGGUAUCUUCGUGGGUGGCGACAUACGAUUACAAUUGCCAGACGAGGCAAAGAAGUUCGACGAGAUCGACAAAUCGUUCAGGAAGAUCAUGACGGACACCUCGAAAAGGGUGUUCGUUCUCGAUUGUUGCAUGAUCUCAGGUCGUAAGGAUGAAUUCGAAUCGAUGAUCCAUGGCCUGGACAAGUGUCAGAAGUCUCUCACCGAUUAUUUGAACUCGAAACGCGCUGUGUUCCCGAGAUUCACAUUUCUCAGCGACGACGAACUUCUGAACAUUCUUGGCAGCGGCGUACCCACAGCGAUCCAAGAGCACGUGGGCAAAAUGUUCGAUAAUCUGGAUAAAUUCCGGCUCGAGCACAGCACCACCGACAAUGUGAUGGCCACGGCGUUGAUUUCCUGCGAGAACGAGGUGAUGGACUUCCGUAACCCGGUGCUCGCUGAGGGGAAGAUCGAAGAAUGGAUGGUGGUUGCCACCGAAGAAAUGAAAAAGUCGAAUAGAUACCUGACGAAGAAAGCGGUGUACGAUUACGGAAAGGUGAGAAGACCUAGAACAGAAUGGAUGCUGGAUUUCCAAGGUAUGAUGAUCCUCGCGGCGGAUCAAAUAUGGUGGACGGCCGAAGUGGAAAAUGUAUUUGUGAAAAUAUCCCAUGGCGAGAAACGUGCGAUGAAAGAGUACUUGAAACAACUCAAUGAUCAAUUGAACGAAGUUGUGACCUUGAUGGGCGGUGAAACACUGACGAACAACGACAGGAAGAAGUUCGACAUGGUACUGACGAUCGACGUUCAUAUGAGAGACAUUAUCGAGGGCUUCGUCAGAGACAGUAUCAUAGACCCUAUGGAGUUCGAAUGGGAGAGUCAGUUAAGAUUUUAUUGGGUCCAUGAUCUGGACAACGUCUGGAUGCACCAAUGCACCGGAACAUUCGAAUACGGAUACGAGUACAUGGGCUUGAACGGCAGACUUGUAGUCACGCCACUGACCGAUAGGAUAUACCUGACCAUCACCCAGGCCCUCUCUAUGCACCUGGGCGGUGCACCUGCAGGCCCCGCUGGAACUGGAAAGACAGAGACCACCAAGGACCUGGCCAAAGCUUUAGGGCUACUCUGUAUCGUGACAAAUUGUGGAGAAGGGAUGGAUUACGUGGCUAUAGGGAAGACGUUAAGCGGGCUGGCUCAAUGCGGAGCGUGGGGAUGCUUCGACGAGUUCAAUCGUAUCGACAUCUCUGUGCUAUCCGUGAUCUCUACGCAACUGCAAACUAUACGAUCCGCGUUGCAGGUGAAGGCGAACAGGUUCAGGUUCGAAGGUCAAGAUAUAAAUCUCGACACGAAAGUGGGCAUAUUCAUCACAAUGAAUCCCGGUUACGCUGGACGCACGGAACUACCAGAGUCCGUGAAAGCGUUAUUCAGGCCGGUGGUCUGCAUAGUUCCAGACAACGAGCUAAUCUGCCAGAUAAAACUCUUCAGUUCCGGCUUCUUGACCGCCAAAGUUCUUGCCAAGAAGAUGACUGUACUGUACAACCUGGCACGGGAGCAACUGAGCAAACAGAAUCAUUAUGAUUUCGGUCUGAGAGCCCUCAAAUCGGUGCUCAACAUGGCGGGCCAGCUGAAGAGAACCUCGGGCGACCUUGAGGAGAACGUGGUGCUUAUGAGAGCCCUGAGAGACAUGAAUCUACCGAAAUUUAUUUACGACGAUGUUCCUCUGUUCAUGGGACUCAUCGCUGAUCUAUUUCCCGAUCUUUCCUGUCCCAGAGUACAUUAUCCAGAUCUCAAUGAGGCUAUUAAUCAAGUCCUUGAACAGCAUGGGUACUCUGUCUUGGAGGAACAGAUCGACAAAGUGGUUCAGCUGUACGAAGUAAUGAUGACCAGACACUCGACGAUGGUGGUUGGACCCACAGGAGGUGGCAAAACUGUCGUGAUUGAAACUCUAUGCAAAGCUCAAACUCGACUGGGCAGACCAACGAAACUUUACACCUUGAAUCCUAAGGCGUGCACAGUGGUCGAACUCUACGGCGUGCUGGACCCAGCAACUCGCGAUUGGACAGAUGGUCUAUUGAGCAACAUCUUCCGUGAAGUGAACAAACCCCUGGAAGCAGAUUCGAACGAAUUACGAUAUAUUCUCUUCGACGGUGACGUCGAUGCUCUGUGGAUCGAGAACAUGAAUUCCGUUAUGGACGACAACAAACUGCUGACCCUGGCUAACCAGGAGAGGAUCAGAAUGCUGAACCAUUGUAGCUUAUUGUUCGAGGUAGGCGAUCUCCAGUACGCCUCACCGGCGACGGUGUCGCGAGCCGGGAUGGUGUACGUGGACCCGAAGAACCUCGGCUACCAGCCCUACAUGGACAAAUGGGUACGGAGCAAGAACGAAACCGAUCAGGAGCAGCUGAACGGAAUGUGCGAGAAAUACGUGGACGGUGCAAUCGAGCUCAUUAUACACGGCAUGCUCGGCCUGCAAGCGGUCAAGCCGCUCAGGAUGAUCAUACCACAAACCGGACUAAACAUGGUAACUCAACUUUGCUACGUCUUCGAUGGUCUUCUGUCGGUUUUAAACGAAGUAUCGACCAAAGUUACGGAAGACGAAGACCGGUUGGUGGAACAAAACAUCUCCAGAGAAGAAGUUCUCGAGGCGAUGUAUAUACAGGCCUGUUAUUGGUCGUUGGGAGCUACUCUAAUCGCCGAAAACAAGUCUGACUUUGACGAUUAUAUGAAGAAGACCGCAGGUUUUAUGCUCGUUCAGGACACACCUGAGAAACUAGCUACUGUUCGAUAUCUCCCCGUAACUUUCAAGAUGCUCUACGACUACCAUUUGGACAUCGAACAAAAUGUUUGGAUACCAUGGGCGUACCUGGUCCCCAGGUACAUCCACGACAGACAGAAAAAUUUCUCAGAUAUUCUGGUUCCCACCGUCGACACAUUAAGAACAACGUGGUUCGUUAUGACGAUGAAUAAACUCGACCGACCGGCGCUUCUGGUUGGCGAGACGGGCACCUCGAAGACCGCCAUUAUCCAGGAAUUUCUUCGAAACUUGAGCUCAGAAAAAUACAAUCAAUUACUGAUCAACUUCUCUUCGAGAACGACCUCGAUGGACGUGCAAAGGAACAUAGAGGCGGUCGUCGAAAAGAGAACAAGAGAAACUUUUGGACCACCACCUGGCAAACGUUUAUUAGUCUUCGUAGACGAUAUGAACAUGCCAGUGGUGGACACUUAUGGUACCCAGCAGCCGAUAGCUUUGCUGAAGUUUCUGUUCGAAAAGGGAGGAUUCUACGAUCGGGGGAAAGAUCUUAACCUGAAGUACAUGAAAGACCUCUGCUACCUAGCAGCGAUGGGAAAGCCUGGAGGAGGCAGAAACGAAGUGGAUCCCAGAUUCAUCUCAAUGUUCUCUGUCUACAACGUCACAAUUCCAUCCGAGGAAACUCUGAACUACAUUUACACGAGCAUAUUGAAUGGACACCUGGAGAUAUUCGAUGAAGAUGUACAAACUAUCUCUGACAUCUUGGUGCCGAUUACACUGGAACUCUAUCAGGUAGUUACCACAGAGCUGCUACCAACACCGAGCAAAUUCCAUUACCUCUUCAACAUGAGAGAUCUGUCGAGGAUCGUUGCUGGUCUCCUACAGAGCCAUCCCGAAUACCUGUCCACGACGAAGCAAAUCCUCAGACUCUGGAGGAACGAGUUCACCAGAGUGAUCUGCGACCGUCUGAUCAACGAAGAAGAUCAAAAUCUUGUUGCCACGCGUAUAAAGGAGAAGAUUGAAGAGAAGUGGGAGGAGGACCGAACAGACCUGAUCGCCUACACCUUAAGGGAUCCUCUGCUCUUUGGCGACUUCCGGAACGCCAUCAACGAAGACGACCCUCGGUUCUACGAAGAUCUGUUGGACUACGAAGCCGUCUAUAGUCUGUUCCUAGAGAUAUACGAGGACUAUAACGAGAGGAGCACGACGAAACUCCACAUGGUCCUCUUCAACGAUGCCCUCGAGCACCUGACCCGAGUGCAUCGUACAUUAAGAAUGCAUCGAGGUCACGCUCUGGUGAUCGGUAUCGGCGGUAGUGGCAAGAAAUCGGUGAUAAACCUGGCUGCGUUCGCGGCGCAGUUCAAAACCUACGAAAUCAGCCUGAGUCGUGGAUACAACGAAACCACCUUCCGAGAGGAUAUGAAGAGUCUCUACAAUAGGGUCGGAGUGAACAUGGAAAGGAUCGUUUUUGUAUUCACGUCCUCUCAUAUCGUCGAUGAGAGUUUCUUAGAGUUGGUGAAUAAUAUGCUGAUGACUGGUGUAGUACCGUCCCUGUUCAACGACGAGGAGAAGGAUGAGAUCGUGAAUCUUUGCAGGGAUAAGGCUAAAGAAGCUGGUUUCGGAGUGAACAAAGAGAACGUAUGGUCGUAUUUUGUGAAGACCAGCAUGUCGAAUUUGCGAAUCGCUUUGUGCAUGAGUCCAUCCGGGGAUCUGUUAAGAACUAGAUGCCGAAAUUAUCCUGGCCUGGUGAACAGCACCACCAUCGACUGGAUGUUCCCCUGGCCUGAACAGGCUCUGGUAGCGGUGGCUAAUGCUACUCUCAGAGACAACCCAAAUGUACCGCAAGAGUACAAGGAGAAGUUAGUCGAGCACAUGGUGUACGUGCACAAAACCGUCUGCGAGCACACGAUCGAGUUCCAAACGAAGCUGCGAAGAAGAAACUACGUGACACCGAAACAUUAUCUGGACUUCAUAGACACCUAUCUGAAUCUUUUGCUGGAGACUAAAGACUACAUAAAUUCGCAAUGCGAACGACUGUCUGGAGGUUUGAAGAAGAUCGCCGAGGCAUCGGUGACUCUGGGCGAGUUAAAUGAGAUUCUGGCGGUGCAGAGGGUGAAGGUGGCGGAUCAGACGAGGAACUGCGAGCAAUUGCUCGCUUCUAUAGGUGAGAGCACGGAUAUUGCGAUGGAGAAGAAGCAAUUGAGCGUGGAGAAACGUCAGGAGAUCGAGACUCAGAGGAAAAUUAUUAAUAAAGAACAAACGGAAGCCAGACAGGCGUUGGCCGAGGCGCAACCCGCCCUAGAAGCUGCUCGGAUGGCUCUGUCGGAACUGGAGAAAGCGGAUAUUACUGAAAUCAGAUCGUUCGCAACACCUCCAGAGCCCGUGCAAAUAGUCAGCGAAUGUGUGGCCAUGUUGAGGGGCAUCAAAGAGAUCUCGUGGAAAAGUGCGAAAGGAAUGAUGAGCGAUCCUGCGUUCCUGAGAACGUUGCAGGAGAUGAACUGCGAUAAGAUCACCCUGAAAACGCAGCAAGCGGUCAAGGCACAUUUGAGGAAGACUACGAAACUGGACCAGAUGCAAAAUAUCAGCAAAGCCGGUUUUGGUCUGUACAAGUUCGUGCUCGCUGUGUUGGACUACUGCGCUGUCUUUAGAGAGGUGAAACCGAAAAUCGAUCGAGUCACAGAGCUAGAAGCAGAAUCGGAACGAGCUAGAAAAGCAUUAGAGAGAGAGGAACGAGAAUUGAGGAGAAUCGAAAAGGCCAUAGGGGAACUGAAUAUCAAGUAUGAGAAUGCGAUGGGGGAAAGGCAGAAGCUGCAAGAGGAAACUGACAUUCUUCAGAGACGAUUGAUAGCUGCGGACAAAUUGAUCAACGGUCUGUCCUCGGAGAACGAACGAUGGAAAAAGGAAUUGGAGAGCUUGCACGGAGAGAUCGAGAUGAUCGUUGGAAACUGUGUCCUCUCCGCUGGAUUUCUCGCCUAUUCCGGCCCAUUCUCUUAUGAGUAUCGAAACCAGAUGUUGUACGAAGAGUGGAAGAACAGUAUUGUGGAGAAGCGUAUCCCGUUGAUCGAGAAUUUCAAGAUAGACACGCAGCUGAGCAACGACGUCGAGAUCAGCACGUGGAGCUCGGAAGGUCUCCCACCGGACGAGCUGUCCGUGCAAAACGGUAUUCUGACCACGAGAGCGUCGAGAUUCCCCGUGUGCAUCGAUCCCCAGCAACAAGCUCUGAACUGGAUAAAAAAGAAGGAGCAGAAGAAGAAUCUGAAGGUCCUUUCGUUCACAGACCCGGAUUUCCUCAAACAGGUAGAGCUGGCGAUUAAAUACGGGCUUCCAAUUCUGUUCCAAGACGUGGAUGAAGUGGACCCGGUCCUGGACAACGUUCUGUCCAAGAAUAUUCAAAAUGUCAGUGGUCGGAUGUUCGUUCUUCUUGGCGACAAGGAAGUGGAUUACGAUCCGAAAUUCCGAAUGUACUUGACGACAAAGAUGUCGAAUCCUAUAUUCGAUCCUGCUCUGUACGCCAAAGCUACUGUGAUUAAUUACAUGGUGACUCUAGGGGGUCUAGAAGACCAACUCCUCUCUGUGGUGGUCAGAACGGAGAGGCCAGACGUGGAGGAGCAACGUGAGAGACUGAUCGUCGAGACCAGCGAGAACAAGAAUCUCCUGAAGCAGCUCGAGGACAGUCUAUUACGUGAGAUCGCCAGUAAUCAGGGUAAUAUGCUGGACAACCUAGAUCUGGUGGAGACCCUGGAGAGCACGAAGUCCAGUGCGGACGACGUGAUGAGGAAGCUGUAUCUGGGCGAAGUCACAGCUGCGGACGUGAACAAGCUACGAGAUGGCUAUCGACCAGUCGCCAAACGAGGAGCCAUUUUAUUCUUCGUUCUGGCUGACAUGGCGACGGUGAAUUCGAUGUACCAGUACUCCCUGAUCAGCUACGUGGAGGUGUUCGGUUAUUCCCUGAAGAAAGCCCUACCCGAUCCAACGCUUCAGAAACGUCUGCAAAAUAUCAUUCUGACACUGACCAAGAACGUGUACGAUUACGGUUGCACGGGCAUUUUCGAGAGGCACAAGCUGCUCUUCUCUUUCCAAAUUUGCACCAGACUAGAGCAGAGCAUGGAGAACGUUAGUCAGAAAGAACUGGACUUCUUCAUCAAGGGUAGCAUCGCCCUGGAAAAGGCGACCAUGGCGAAUCCUACCGAGUGGCUGCCCACUACCGGGUGGGUGGACAUGCUGAAGCUGAGCAAGGAUUUCCCGGAAACCUUUGGGUUACUUCCAAGUGAGCUAGAGGAGUAUGAUGAAGAAUGGGAGAAAUGGUACGACCUUGAUGCUCCGGAGUCAGUAGAAUUUCCGCUGGAUUAUUCAACAAAACUGAAACCUUUUGAAAAACUGAUGCUGAUUCGGUGUUUCCGCGUCGAUCGGGUCUAUCGGGGUAUUGUCAACUACAUCAGCGAAAUCAUGGGCGAACAAUACAUCACCCCUCCUCAUGUCAGUUUCGAUAUGAUCUUUGAGCAAAGUACCCCGACGAUGCCCGUGGUGUUUAUCUUGAGUCCUGGGUCUGAUCCGACUUCGGAACUGAUGAAACUGGCGGAUGGAUAUGGAUCUGGCGGAAAAUUCAAGUAUUUGUCUUUAGGACAGGGACAGGAGAGUACUGCGAUAGAGUUAUUGGAGAUUGCAGUGACAAGAGGACAGUGGCUAAUGCUGCAAAAUUGCCACCUGCUUUUAAGCUUUUCCAAAGAAUUAGAGAAACUACUGGAAAAUUUGGGAAAGCCUCAUCCUGACUUCCGAUUAUGGCUCACAACUGACCCAACUCCCAAUUUCCCAAUUGGGAUAUUGCAACAGUCUUUGAAAGUGGUGACGGAGCCACCAAGUGGUUUAAAGCUGAAUCUCGAGAACACCUACUUCAAAAUGAGCCUUCAAACCUUGGAAUCCUGUAACCACCCUGUGUACAAGCAUUUAAUCUACGUUUUAGCCUUCUACCACGCGGUCGUUCAAGAGAGAAGGAGAUACGACAAAAUCGGCUGGAACAUAAAUUACGACUUCAACGAGUCGGAUUUUAACGUUUGCACCACCAUUCUGGACACCUAUCUGACCAAAGCACUUCAAGCCAACGAUACCAGGAUACCUUGGAACAGUUUAAAGUAUCUCAUAGGCGAAGUCAUGUAUGGCGGAAGAGUGAUAGACAACUACGAUCGUAGAGUUUCUCAUACUUAUAUGGACGAGUAUUUCGGGGACUUUCUGUUCGACGUGUUCCAACCCUUCCAUUUCUAUCACAACCAGCACGUUGAUUACGUGAUACCAGAGGAAGGAGAACGUGACGAUUACCUAAAGUUCAUCGAGGAACUUCCGUUGGUGAACACCCCAGAAGUCUUUGGACUCCAUCCAAAUGCCGAGAUUGGGUACUUCACACAGGCUGUAAAGGAAGUGUGGAACAAUCUUAUAGAGUUACAGCCGCAAACUGAGGUGAGCAGCACGGGGAUAAGCAAAGACGAAUUCAUCGAGCACAUCGCGAAGGAGGUGUUGGACAAAGUUCCAGCCGAGUUCGAUCUAAUUAAAGUGAAGAAAACUUUCGGCGUGGCUGUAACACCGAUCGCGAUCGUACUUUUCCAAGAGCUGGAGAGGUUCAACAAGCUAAUUCGCACAAUGAAGAGGACUUUGUCGCAGUUGAGGAAGGCCAUCGCUGGUGAAAUUGGAAUGGACAACAUGCUGGAGAACAUUUCCACGGCUUUGUACAAUGGUGUAUUACCAACAGAAUGGGCCAGAUUAGCGCCAGACACGAGAAAAAGCCUUGCUGGGUGGAUGGAACACUUUGAAAAGAGGAUACAUCAGUAUGCUAAUUGGGCUAGCGGAAGCGAGCCAGUGGUUCUCUGGUUGGCUGGUCUGCACAUCCCAGAGACUUAUUUAGCAGCCCUUGUGCAGAUGUCCUGCCGUCGAAACAGUUGGUCCCUCGAUCGUUCUCUCACCUACACGGCUGUGUCAAGAUUCACCAGGCCGGAACAAGUGGAGGAGAGACCAGACCAGGGUUGCUACGUAAGUGGACUAUACCUAGAGGGUGCAAGAUGGGACAUGGUGGAUCAAUGUCUCAAGAGGUCGCGACCUAAGGUCCUUGUCGAGGAACUACCAAUUCUAAUUAUCAUUCCUAUCGAGGCUCACAGACUUCGACUUCAGAACACUUUCAAAACCCCCGUGUACACGACGUCCAAUCGGCGGAACGCGAUGGGGGUGGGUUUGGUCUUCGAAGCGAACCUUGCCACGAGCGAGGACAUUUCUCACUGGGUGUUGCAGGGAGUUUGUUUAAUAUUAAACACCGACUGA